AUGAGUCGCCCGCCCAGCCUACCCUCACAUUCAGGUCCUCCACACUCUUACAACUCUUACUCAAUACCACAUGCCCUCCAUUCUCGGCCGGAAAUAGUCACCCCCAGUCAACAGGUCCGCUCCAGGGAUUCCAUCGGAAACCAGAAUCAUGCACAACAACUACCGAGCCUUCGCACCCUUCUAGAACCAGAACUACUCGACAAGAAGUUAUCCGAUCCAUCAUUACGCUCAAAUGGCCCCCAGAUUUCUCUCGGCCAUGGCGCCCUCUACGGAUCGUCCAGCCCGACGUUGAAAAGACGGCAUGAUUUCGAUGGUCACUCUCACCGAUACCCCGAGGAUAAUGCUAUCGCUUCUCAAACAUCAUACCUUCAGCGUCCACCCCUCUCUACUGCAAACACCGGCAUCCAAUCCACGGUCUCAACCCCAGGCUCUACGUUCGGCAACACUCCAUUGGGACUUCAACGUCGCGAGAGCUUUGCCUACCCGUCGCAUCAUGAUCCAGCGGGCAAUAAUUUUCGGCCGAUGUCGACAGUGUCUGAUCCAACAACAGCAUUUGCGAAUCAGUCAGUCCACGAUGAGCUCGGAGACGCUGGCAGACCCGUUAGACGACGCAUUGAUGGUACCUCACGCGCCCCAAUACGAUCGUCGCAAUGCAUUGGGCAGCGUGAAAUGCCUGGCGAAGGCCUAUGCUACGUCUACGAGGACGGCACAUAUUGCCGCGCCAUCAUAGAUGGCGAACCAGUCAACCCAUCGUGGGGUAUCACGAAAGCAGGGAAACCACGCAAGCGUCUUGCUCAGGCCUGUCUGACAUGUCGAGAGAAGAAGAUAAAGUGUGAGCCUGGUUAUCCGAAGUGUCAUCAGUGCGCGAAGUCGCAGAGGGUCUGCAGAGGUGGUGUCAACCAAGCUGGCGUGAGCAAUGCCUCCGGCGAGACGUCGCCGUCAAGUUCCGCUCUAUUGUUUAAGAACCCGUCUACCGAAGUCCUCAGUCCUGCUGCUGGCCCAGACAGAAGCAAAGCUCCUGGAGAGCUGCGGGAAUCCACCAAAAAAGUCGACUCGUGGAAUCCUGUGACUCAUUUCAGAUCUCGGAACUUCCACCCCAAUUCUGCUGCGACAUCACGAGACAUGUCGGUGCACUCUGUCGACUCAGAUUGGAGCGGCUCCGCCAAUGACCAAGGCGUGGAGGAUCCCAGGCGCGGCACAUACCAAGACCAGCUCGCCGUUCAAUGGGAACAGGAUCCGUACGAAACGGAUCCAAGGCUCACGAUCCAUCUUUUGGAUCUCUACUUUCUCCAUGCCGGGCGUGCCACGUACGGAAUGUUUCCUCGCCGACCCUUUCUCGCCUGGGUGGAAAACGACCGCGAAAAGGGCCAGGACCAUUUAAUGAUUCUGUAUUCCGUCCUGGCUAUGGGAUCGUUAUUCUCCUCAGAUCCAGAUAAACGGGCAUUGGGGAAGCGGUUCGCCGCUGUCGCCUCAUUUGCAGCGGGGAGGCGAUUUGGCAAAUUUACUCUGCAACUGUGCCAGUGUCGCUUGAUGCUUGCCCUGUACUACCUCGCGCGAGGUAAAUUGCAAGAGGCAUGGGACUUUUGUGGGGCUGGUCUACGAGCAAUUAGCGCACUUAGAUUGAAUACCGAGGAAGGCGUCAAGGAGCUGGCAGAUAGCAACCUAGACCUGGACUACGGGUUUGACCGCUGGACUUACGAAGAAUGUGUCCGCCGCACCUUCUGGUCUGGCCUUUUGAUGGAUCGAUACAACGCAUUCUUUGGUGGGACCCUGUUCGUCAUUAGUAUAGAGGAUGCCUACGUUCGGCUUCCUUGUCCAGACAAUACAUAUGAGGCGUCUACACCCUGCGAAACACCCUUCUUCGACGAAGAUCUUCUAACAGGACAUUCCUUAACUGCUCCGGUUUUGGGAGAUAUGGCAUACUUGUGUAUCAUGUCAGCACUCUGGGGAGAUGUGGUUACUUUUACCGGACGAGCCGUGCGCCGAUUCGACACUGCUUACGAGCGACAUUACGAAUCAUUUUACUCAAAAACGUACGAAAAGAUGGAGGCAUGGCAUGGCAUGCUACCGACCAACCUUCGACACAGUCCACAGAACCUUGAGAACAGCAUUGUCGAGGGAUAUACAGGCACCUUCUUGUCCAUACAUGCCCUUUAUCACGCCGCAGUCAUACGACUCAAUCGACACAUUCGCAUACGCGCGAUGCCGAUAGAAAGGAUACGUCGCAACAUUGAACUGGCGUUCCGCAGUGCAACCAACUUCUUGUCAUUGAUGCAUUCAUUGGCUGUAAUCAACCGCCAACGGCGCCUUUCCCCCAAUGCCACAUCACAAUUCCUGUUUUCGACACCGUUCCCAGGCUAUGCACUGAUGCUCUCCGUUGAUGUUCUCACCUCUGCGGGUACCUUUUCCACGCUGCCAGGCCUCAUUGAGACAAUCGGCACUACGAUAUCCUGCAUUGAAGAGCUGUCAGGCUUUUGGGCUUCAGCAGAAGCGCAACAACAGGCAGUAUCGAACCGCUUGAAGCAGCUCACAGACAUCGCUGUGCAAGACGAUCAGGGCGUCAGAAAUGGUAGCUACGGGCAUUACUGGAAGAUGAACGAAAGCCUCGAGACAGCUUUCGGUAACGACGACGUGGUGUACAAGGCCGAUGACCAAUUACUAUUUGAUGUUGUCGGACAGGUUAUAGGUCACUGA